AUGAUCUGGCGAGUUGAGCAAAGUCUCAUAGUGGGGCUUGUACUCUUUACUAGAACUGCUCUGGCAACGAAUUGUACCACAGCCUCAGUAGCAUCCGAAAGUGACGCCGAAACCCUACGACAGAGUUGUCAAGUUAUCACGGGCGAUCUGACCAUCGGCCCAUUCGCUCAAAAUACAAGCACGAUAAACCUCAAUCUCGAUGGUAUCACAACCGUUAAGGGGAAUAUCAAACAUGACUUCGGCAGUAGCGAAUUCUGGAUUGAAGAGACCCCAUUCACCCUCACCUGGUCGACUCUGACGAAAAUCGGAGGCUCGUUGGUCUUCGGAGAUGACGUCUGCAACAUGCAUAACCUCACCCUGCCGAAUCUAACCACCGUCGGCGGCUCAUUCUCCAUGGGAAUCUGGUGCAGCAAUUUGACCUAUCUGGACAUCACGAGUCUAGAGUACGUCGGAGACCUCGAAAUCUCGGGCAAAAACCUCAAAACAUUGCGCCAUACAAAAUUGAGCAAUGCUACCGGAUUAUGGAUCUAUGAUAAUCUCCUAGACUCGGUCGACAGUUUGUUCAACAACCCCCUGAACAUCACGGCCGGGGCGGAAAUUGAGACUUUACCAAAUGUGAAGAAUGUGACAAUUGGACUGCGAUCUGUAGAUCGCUUGAACGUGUAUUCGAACCUGACGGUGAUUCUGGGUGGCUCGUCAGCUACGGAGAUGUCACUGGGAUCUGUUGAGCUGGCCGACUUGACGGGACUGCAGCGCAGCUCGAGUUUGGAAAAACUCACAGCGAAUAAUAUUACUGUCGAGCCUAGCGGUAGCAUGCCAGAGAUAUACCUCCCAUUCGAUGAUCUCCGACUGGUGUAUAUCAAAGAAGGAUCGUACUCUGAUGUGGUGACGCUUCGCCUUCCACCGAAAGCCGUAAAUUGGACAGGAGGUUUCGAGCUCAGUGUCUAUGAAAGCCCAGGGCUUAACCUUUCCUCAAUGUACGGGGUAGAUGACCAGGGAAACAGUGUUCAGACUUGGUACUGGCCGACCAAUGUCUCGUCCGUUGGUAUUUACAACGCUAUCAUUGCUAAUUCAUUCUUUGACACGUUUGUGGCCCAACAAAAUGGUUCCAUGAAUGCUACUGGAGAUACUCCUUCCACUCUGAGUUAUUUCAGCCUCGAAGCUACGAAUAGAUCGCAUCUUGAUUGUACGACUUUCAACAAUUUGCAGAAAAUGAACCGUCUGCCACAAACCGAGGCCACCUUUGCUAGCACGACGGGUUAUUACUGUGAAAGUCGUGGGUUGCACUGGGAUUGGUGGGGUGGGGAAUCUGAGAAUUUACGAGUGGUCUGA